AUGUGCUGCAAAGGGAGCAAUAUUGCAAAAUUUUCACCUGAAAAGUAUAAAAGCAAGCAGCACGGCAGGGGUACCAAACUUUCGGGCCCGGAUAUCGUUAAAUUGCUUGAAGUAGAAAUGUGUAAGGAGAAUAUGAUAAGUGAGUUGUACCCGUUGGCAGCGCUUUUUGUGCAUGCAACAAACCAGGAAGUGACGAAGGAAAGAAUUGCAAGUGUUAUGAAAGCGCUUGGAGUCGAGAGCAAUCCGAAGAUAUGUGAAUAUUUUGAGAUGGAUGCGUUGAAGAUCAAGGAGCUAUUGAUGGGCGGAGGGUCAGGCGCUGCGUCGAUGAAUGUGGCAGGAGGACAGACAGCUGGAAGCACGGCUGGCGCAGCAGAGGCUGCAAAGAAGGAAGAAGCGCCAGAGGAGGAUGCUGAGAUCGAUUUCAGCUUUUUCUGA